UUUCUCUCUGAGUGCCACAGAGCGACUAGGGAGGAGUGACCGAUGGUGGCGUCGAGACUGUUCCGAACCGCUGGUGCAUGCCUGACGAUAUGCCCCUUCGUGAUGUGCGGAGGGGAGGGGGAUGGCCGUGUUUUGAGCAGUCAACGCACAAGUGCCCACUCCGCUUGGGUGAGCCUUACCCCCUCACAUAUAGCCUUCGGUGGAUCAGGCUCCACCGCCACCACCACCUCCCCGUGGGGAGCAGCACCUAGACCAUCAGCGAGAGACGGAUCAUCAAGCGUAGCGCAGUUGUUACCCUCGCGCAAGAGACGAAUCGCGGCCGCACUCUUCUAUUCUCUGCGAGAUCAGCGACACGGACCGGCAGAAGCAGCGGCACGGGAGACCGUGGUACCAGGCCUACCGCCGAUAUCUUCUCCCUUUCUAGCUCGCCUCGGGGGUGCGGCACACCAUGCUCGAGGACGAUGCGCAGGGGGUUUCCAACUGGGUGCGGUGACGGCCGUGCGGUCGCCCGGGGACGGAGGGGCAGCUACGGCGGUGGAGGGUGGAGAGGAGUUGAGGGAGGCUUUCAAUGCAGCUGUAGGCGACGAGGAAUUCCUAGGGCUUGAUGGUUUUCGGGCUCUCGCGGACGUACGUGAGCUGCUGGAGGAUGGCCUCCUGCGAGACUCGGAGGUGCUAGCUAUUUGGAAGGCGGUACCCAAGGCCGACCCCGCCGGAGACAGGGUAGAUUUCGUUGGGUUUUCUCAGGCGUUCUCAAGAGUAGAUGCUCUCUUUGAAGAGGAGGAGGAGGAGGAGGAGGAGGAGGAGGAGGAGGAGGGAGGGGAAGGAAGGGUUGCUGAGGCUGGAACCAACCGUGGUGGGGGAGAGUCAGGAGGUGCGGUGGGACCAGGAGAGACUGAGGCGAGCUUUGUGGAGCUUGUUGGGUCUUCGGAAGGAGUUUUGGAUCUGGACGGCUUGUUGAGGUGGAGCGAGGUUACAGAACUGUUUGAGGAGGGCUUGCUCAACCAAGAAGAGGUGGAGCAGAUGUGGGAAGGUCUCCCCAAGGUGGCCAACAGGGUGCAAGCGGCGGGGGAGGCGGGCACCGAAGAGGGCAUGCUCAUCAACCUCGCGGGCUUCUUGGAGUUCGACCGGCAGCUGAGCGAUCUGUUUGAAGACGAGGAGGAGAGCGGCACCGACGCUGCUGACCAAGACCAACCGCCUACCGCGACAUCAACGGCAGCAUCAACACCUCCAACAACCCCCGCCGCUGCAGCGCCAGUUGUAGCGGCGACGGCACCAGCUUCCCCAGAGGCGAUGGACCUCGCGGGAAAGGAGGCCGUAGCGGACGAGGGGACUCCUGAGGGUCUGUUCAUGAGGCUCUCUGCUAACACGGGAGGCGUGCUGACCUUGGACAACCUUCUCGGGUGGACCGAAGUUGCGGAGCUACUGGAAGACGAUUUGAUGAGUCGCGAGGAAGUGGGCUCCGUGUUCGAGGCCUUGCCGAAGGCGAAGGGUCGUGGGUCCUCGACCUCUUCCCCCGCCAUCGACGUCAAAGGGUUCGUGGAGUUCGCUCGCAAGCUCGACGAAAUGUUCGAGGACGUCGAAGAGGACGGCGAGGAGACAUCCUCGACCGAUACAUCCGCUAGAAGUGACGGUAGUGAUGCUUCUGAUGGCGCCACGGCGAGUAAACCAUUGCCGGAUAUGACUACGAGUGAGGCUGUGGUGACGAAGGAAGGCAACGCGGCGGAGGCCAAGGCGCGCCUCCUAUCCAUGUGCCAGCGGGAGAUGGCGGACUGCGGGAUGGGCUGCGGAGAAGACAAGAGGACUGAAAUGUUGGAGGCGAUGGAGGCCCUGCUGGCCACUGAGGAGGGAAACCUCGUGCUGGGGGAUGACCUAGGCACCGGGUUGAUCGACACACUCGCGGGGGAAUGGCGGCUUCUCUAUACCUCCAGCAAUGCGAUGGAGUACAACCAGGGAUUGACGGGGCUGGCGAACACGAUCCCCAACGCCAAGUUCCAAGGGCUGAGGCAGAUCCUUCAUGCUGACGGCAUGGUGUUCGACGCAGAAUAUGAGGAGGAGCUCAUGACUGGUGAUGAUUCAGAGCCACUAAUUAUCACCGUCACUUCGGACUGGGAGGUGAAGCAGACAUCUUCCCUCGUCACAGGCAAAUCCAGCGUCGCCAUCGCCGUAGCCCCGAAGCAGAUUAAGUACGGCUUCAUCACCGUACGGUCGGAGAGGUGGAAGACGCUGAGGGCGAUGAUGCUUCUCGACAUCGCCUAUCUUGAUGCAAAUCUUAGGAUCAUGCGAGGCCAAACAGCGAGACAAAACUUCUUCGUUUUCGUGAGGGUUUAAAGGAGCGAAUUGAGAGGAAGACAAGGAGCAACGGCAACUUCGGAAAUCGAUGCCUCCGGAUCGAGGGUUCAUCGGUAAUAUUAGUGAAAUAUGCGAAAUUUGAGGAAGGAGCUGUCACUGACAUCCCCAGGCGGCCACGUGGCGCACUAGAAUGCUGUUGCUGAAGGUUUUGUUGUAUCGAAUAGAGAGAGGUAGCAAGCAUCCCCGAUACAGCCUACCAACAGGGUUAAUGGAGCCAUUCGCGAAGACACCGGUUGUUUAUUCCAAGGCUCGUGUGGAAUGUGCCUGCCCCAUUUUGGCUGAAAGGGGUGCAUGUCGAACUGAAUUGUUCAACCUGAGGUCGAUGACAGCCGUCGUUGGUACUGUGAAACGGCGGUUUGGCGACACCGACGUGUUUGUCUUGCACCUAGUAAGCAGUCCACAAGUUUUCGGUGCUCUGUAUGCCAAAUGUCCUGAAAGUGUGGUGCCAAAAGCGAGGUUUGAAUACCAAGGUGUUGCAUUUGUGUACGCUAUCUCUCUUGAUGGAAUAUGUCGCACUUUCCCAGAGCUCGGUCACACAACAGGCUGGGUGAACCGAGUUGCUGACCAAACGAUGUGGCUCUAGGUUGCGGGUUCGAGUCUCUCUCCGGGAAGCGCACAGGUCGUGAGUACGCAUACAAGAAGAGGACUGCUACACCCUCUCGCUUAAAAAAAAUUUAA